AUGAACGACGACGACUACGAAGCGAACGAUAACUUUUGGAGUGACUUCUGGCCGAACGAUUGCAGCCCCGAGGCCUUACACCUAGCUUUGGCCAUGAAGGAGUCUGGCGCCGACAUUCGCCCAACUCAAAAGGGCUUCGAGGUCAACGAGAAAGCAGGCCGCCCACAUCCCAUCAUAGGCGAUGCGCCGAAAUGCUGUCCAGAUUCUAAGCACUGGACCAUGGAUGACGGUGACUGGGUCUGCGUUGGAUACGAUGAAGACUUUCAGAAAGCGAUCAAAGCAGGCUCGGGAUUUGGUACUGGUGGUGGGCCGACGUCUAGUGAGUCAGGGCAAUCGAUGGGUCAGCAAGCGGAGACUUACUGGAGGAACCAAGCCGAUUCGUACAUGCACGCUCUUCGUGAAGCAGCAUAUCCGAACCACGCUCCUCUUUCGACGGGAUCGGUUACUGGCUCGAGUGACUUCCAGGCAUCCACCGCCUAUACACGUCGUCGUCUACGCGCACCGCGUUCUGAAGGCAAUAUUCGAGCACUGGGAGACGAAGACGACGAGAAUCUUGCGGCUUCUCUCCGUGUACCUUCCUUCAACCCAAUCCUUCCGCCAGCUCCACCAGUCAAUGAUCCCACUCCAGGACCAUCAAAGCCCAAGGCAAGACGCGCGACAAAACCACCUACUAUCACCUCCAACGUUCCGGUGCGACCCCGUCUGCCUAGAUAUCGCACGCCCACUCACUGCCUCACUUGCAUGGCAGAAAAGGGUAUCCGCAACAUGGACUGCAAACUCUGUCACCAGUGUCACUCCGAACGUCAUACCACCGGCAGGUGCAAGAUGUUGAAGCCCAAGUUCCACAAGUUCAUGGAGCUUUCUGUGGAGCUACGUCAGCGCAUCUAUGCGCUCGCACUCGAUACAGACCGACCCAUCAGGCCUCAUCUGUGCGACUAUACCGACGAUCAGGUCGUUCAGUUUCACGAUGAUAAUGCAGAGCAUCACUUCGCGACCAGCGAUCUCCUCGGUAUCACCCGCGUCAGCAAGCAGGUCCGCGAGGAGUCACUUCCCAUGUUCUACUCUACCAACACCUUCUCCAUCGGUUAUGAUACAUCGACUUAUUUCGACCGCCUCGCGUACCUGGGCCGUUUUCACAUGGUCCGCCACGUCCGGUUCCAAAUCGAUAACCGCAAGGAGUCCAUGUCGCCCAGCAUCCUGCGGCGUAUGAACCAGUACAUCAAGGAAGCAGACGUCUACGAGAAGCAGCUGACCGGCCCCGUUGGCCAGCAUAUCUCAUCGCUGAAGAAGCAUCCCCAGUACCUCUACGGCGGCUGCCCCGAACUCAACACGCUCAUCACACUCAUGAAACUCACCUCCCGCCUCGACAACCAGACCAAAAACCAGUACGAAGGAAAAGGCAAAGGCAAAGCCACCUCCGCCACCCCCACCCCACCCUUCCACUCCAAGCUCGUCGUCCCCGUCUCCUCCGUACCCAACUUCAUCGCCUACACCGCCUACAAAUGGUUCCCGCCCGUCAUGUACGGCCUCGGCAUCCAACUGCACUACGUCGACAACACCCCCUUUGCCUUUGUCGACGGCGGCACCGUCGGCAUUACGUGGGAACAGCGGCUGCAGAAGAAGGACUUUGGCGAUAUCCCUGAUUACGUUGAUCCGGUUGAUAGUAGCGGGCAGACGGCGGCGUAUAAGAUGGCGCUUAAGCUGGAUCCUGGGUUAGAGGGGAGGCAGAGGCCCAAGGCGUGGGCGUAUUUGAGGGAGACUUGUACGGGUGGGAAUUACGCGUGGUUUGAUUUGCCGACUGAGGGGGGUGGGGUUGGGUAUUAG